AUGAAAAUAUCUAGUUAUCCCUUAACAUCCUCUUUGAGCAAGUGAUCAUUUAGCCACAUACCGCCCACUAUGUGCAAACUGAAAUUAAGAAGUGGUUGAACAGCCAGCCAGUCAUUGUGGUAGAUGACUGAUUUAUGCAUAAAUUUUCUGUUCCGAGCUGUGUGCUGGGAAGGGUCUUUUUAGCCAACAUACCCUUUUUGGUGCGAUGUCUUCACAGUAUGACGUAUACCCCUCUAAAAUGGGAAGUGUUCAUCUUAACAUGAAGGUGAACCAUUAACAGUGUGAAAAUUUUAGUAGCUUAAUGUGAGCAGUAAAUAUAACCUUGUUUCAAAUUAUUUGAAAUUGUAUUUCGCAUCUUAAAGCAUCUGUUGACAAAAGGAAACUGGCCUGUGUUUCUCAUGCAUAUGUGAGAAGGUGUGAAGUGCAUAACGCAGCGUGUCAACUGCACAGGAAGUUGAACAUGUGGGUAGAAGUAAAGGAGGAAGCUACAGAAUUGCUACAGAUGCAACACCAAAGGACCAAAGUUAGCCAUCAGCAACUACGUUGUACACAUUUCCAGGGGAUAUCCAGAGGUUUCUUGAGUAAAGUCAUUGGGCACACCUACAGUAUGUUAUAGAACAAAGUGUAAAUAGCCAUGUCAGGCAGAAAAUCAAGGAAGAGCCAGAAGCUUGGUUCUUCUCGGCGAAAUGUUAACAGAAGCAACAAUAGAGAUACUGAAGAGAAAGAAAGUGAUGAUGGCAAUCCACAAACUGGCCAUGAAGAACAUAAAAGUGAGCAGCAAAUAGACUCAAAUACCAUUACUGAAAACCCAUCAGAUGAUGCUUCUUUACAGCAUCAGCCUGAUCAGGCAAAAACAAGUGGCAUCAGCCAGCAGGCCUCCCCCUCAGAACUCCAUAUUCAGUCACAGGAAAGCAAGGAUUUACUGACACAAGCUGAAGCAGUGAGUAAGAAAAGAAAGAUGGGAUCAACCCGCAAAAGCAGAGGAUUUAAAGGUGGUGAAAUACCUGAGGAGGAACCAGAGCAGAACUUAGGGGUAUGUGAAGAGAUUAAGGAAGAGCAUGAAGAGACUAAAAAGCAGUCAGUUGAAGUGAGAAAAAGCAAAGAAGAUAAUGAUCAACAUGUUCUAUCUGACUAUUCAUCCUGUCAGCCCACCAAACCUGAGAGUUUAUCGCUACAGAGUGCGCUCACAGGCAUCUCUUCUCAUGAACAUGAGCUACUUGAGGGGGCAACUUUUUGUGCAGAGUCAACAAGUCACUCCACUCACUUGAGUGUUGGUAAACCCACUGAAAGUACAGUUCCAUCUCAUGAAAAUCAUCUCACGUUAUCACAAGUGCACCAGCAGGUGGAGACCUUACCCGACUUCACGGGCCUAAAGGGAAGAAAACAGGGCUCAGAUGACAGUCCUCUGUGUGAAAACUCGGAAAAAACAGAGGGUCUAUCAGAAAGUAUUUCGAAAGUACUUCAUCAGCAUUGGACUGUGGAUCCUGAGGAACAGGGAAUACCUUUAAUUUCUUCAAAUGCUUAUGAUUUUUUAAAGGAUAGUCAAGAGUCACAAUAUGCUCAGAUUCACAGUGUUAUUAACCAGUCAAGUAUAAACAUCAUGCAUCAAGAAAUUCAAGAAGGAGAGCCCAUGUUCUCAUCUCUGAGCAGUACUGCUGAAACUAAAGAAGAGGUUCCAUCAAAAUCUUUUGGGAAAGAACAUGAGCAAGAAUAUUCUAAUUCUUCAGAGAAAACAGUUUAUUCCACUAGAGAUGGAAGUGAAGAAAAGUGGCAAAAUGCUACCCAAACAAAAACAGAAAAUGACAUUUCUGACAACUGGCUAGAGAAUAAAAAAGAGACUUUACCUGAAGAUUUGGAGUGUAUUAACGAUGAGUUGCAAAGCUCAGAAUACAUGAAGGGAAAUGAAGAUCACAAGGAUGAGCAUUUGGUUGAAGACAGAAAUGAAUGUGCAGAAAAGGUUGAGGUCAAACACCCUGUACAACCAGCUGAACCAAAUGAAAACAGUACAUUGUCCACCAUAGAAGAAAAUCUAGAGGACCGACCAUUUGACAAAUCAUUAGUAGUUGUGUGUGACUCCUCUAGCAGUGAAAUGCAGCAUGAUUGUAGUGUAGAUGCUGUAGAUGAAAACACUGAGAAAACAGAAGAGAGUUUAAAGGGACAUGACAGUGAGGAGGACAACAAGACUUCUAACAUAUGUCCUAAAGCUGAAUUGUUAGAUUUUGUCACCGAGGAGAAAAUAACUUCUUCAGAAACAAUGUGUGAGGAAGUGGCUGAGGAAAUAAACAUGAUAAAGCAAGAAUAUAAUUUAACACAAAACAGUUCUGAAGAAAUAUCACUUGAGCUGGAAAUGCAAAGAAAGGAAGAAAGUGAGAGCAAGCAGGAGUCAAGGUUCUAUGAUGAGAAGUCUAUUCUGUUAUGUGACAAGGAGAGAGGUUGUGACCUUGCUGAAAACGAGAACCAACAUUAUUUUGAGGAAAUAAGGCUAUCAAAGAACAGAGAUAAUGUAGAAAAUGUAGUGGAAAGUGAUGAGACAUUAAAGUUAACAAUGACAAAUGCAAAUGUCCCAGAGAGCACAGAUAUACAGAGAACAGAGAAAAUAACACUUUCAGCGUAUGACAGACAAGAAGGUGUAAGUGAAGAGAGAGUGCAUGCUGCAGAAGCACUAACCACAGAUCAUAUAACUGGGCCAGCUGAAAUCAUAUCGCUAUCUUUAUCUGAACAGCCACAAACAGAGGCUGCAUGCAAUGAGGAAGACAUCAGAUACAAAUAUAAAGAAGAAGAAGAGGGUGUGGUGCAGCUUGUUAGCACUUUGGCAAAAGAAGAUGGUGCAGUUAAGGAUUAUUCAGGACAAACUGGUCAAAAAAAGUACAGAACUGUCUCUCCGACAUACAGUGGAGAAUGUGAAGAAUACAACAUCCCGCAUCUGUCCGAGGAACAGUUUAAAGCAGUGGAGGUAACAACUGAACCUGUGACAAAUUCUACCAUUGACUUGACUGAGGAUGAAUGCAAGACAUCCAGUUGUUUUACUCAGGAGAAAUGGUUGGGCUCUUGCGAUACUCUCACAGAAAGAAGAGAGCAAGGGUUGGAGGAUGGAAUCGAGAAUGAUGUGGCAAUCAAGUGCAAAAAUAUUUCACAAGAAGAUGAUGAAACUCUAACCACUGUUUUCGUGUGUGCAGAAAAUGAAGGUAAAGUACAGGAUUGCAGUGCAAAACCAGAAUGUGAUGUUUUUGACAGCGAGGUUAUGACCAAUACACCUGUCAUGAUUUCAAAUGUUCUUGUACAUCAGACUGAAUGUGUCAUCCAUAACGAAGAAACAAAAGCAAAAGUGCUGGUGGAAAAAGAAAAGCACAAAAAAACACCACUGGAUGAUGAGAAAAGCAAUGAUUCCACAGCCUCAAAUGACCAGAAAAUACCACAAAUUCAGAAUGAUGCUGGCACAUUUAUUGAUUCUUCUCAAGAAAUGUCUAUAGUAGUUGAGGAAUAUGAUAAGGAAAAUGCCAGCCAAGUUCACACUUCUCUAACAAGUGGCACAAUGAAGGAUAUUCCUGAAACACAGGAUAAUGUAGACAUUCCAGGGAAUGCAGAAAACAUUCAAGAAAUGGCACAUGACCAAACAGCCCAGUUGCCUUGGCAUUAUAAUAGAUCUGAAGACCAUCUAGAAAAGUCAGAAAGCCAAAGCAGACAGGAGGAUAAUGUGAUCUCUGAGACUCCAGAACUGAGCACAUCUGGGAAAAGGAGAAAGAUAGGCUCAACUCGAUUUAGUCAUAGAGGGCAGCUCCAUGGAGGAGACAAGAAAAAGAUAAAUGAAAAAGAAGAAAAUCAAGAUGACAAACACCUAACUGAAGAGGGUAUUCAACCAAAAGAAGAAACAAAUACCUGUCCUAAAGAAGAUUCCUCCACUGAAGAUCUUACAGCAGUGUGUUCAGAACAUGUACUUUCUGAGGUAUCCUCUCUAACAGCUAAACUGAGUUUACAUACUAACAUACUACCAUCACCAGUAACUGAACCUGGAGACUCAAAGACAGAUGAUGGAAAUGAUCAUGAAAAUGUAGAAAUAAAAAUCACAGAACUACAUCCACAGAGUCAGAGUAAGAAAAAGAAGAGAUUUGGAUCAACCCGAAAACCUCAAGGAGGACACAGACCAGAUCAUGAAGAAGAGGAAAGACAAUUGAAACAUACAGAAACUAUGUUCUCUAGAAUCCUCUCAUCAUGA